AUGUAUUUCUUCACUGAGUGGCCUAGUGUUAUAGAAUCAUUCUACAAAAAGGAGACAUUUUCGCUUCGUGUAUCUGAUGAUGGUGAAUUUUUCAUUGUGUGUACCGAGGCGGAUGUGAUUCUUUUCCACAUGAGACUUCUCUGUAAAAUUGCUCACUUUACCCGCUCAGAUUCUUGUUUAAGGGAGAACGGACCAACAUCCUCAUUUAUUCUGAGAUGGGAUUCUUCCAAGAUAAUGUUGUGUACUGAAAAGGGUGUUGUUAUAAUAUAUUGCAUUGACAACCUACCAUUAUCAUUACCCAGUGUUCCACACCAAGCGAUGGAUAUUUUUACGCUUGAUACCAGAAUUAAAGUUGCGGAGUGCUGCUGCAAUGCAUUUUGUUUGGGAGAAAUUGUUGUCAUUGCGACUGUUGAGGGAGACUUGGUACGCAUUAAUUGGGAUGGUUCGUAUUUUGGCACCACCCUUAGUUUAACGUCGAUUGGUUUAGAGCCAAAUGAUAUAAACUGCAGUGAUGAUAGAACCUCGGGACUAAAAUACUAUUGUAAAACUCUUGAAUGGGCCCCAACAUUUGGCGGCGCCUUCUCUCUUAUUUCUUCCGGUCAUGUGGCUUUUAUAACGUCUCUCGGUUCAUCUGGAGAUCAAUUGCCAAUUGAAGCAAAGUUGGUUGAGAAUGCUACUAACUCAACAAGCACAGCAGUGAAUAAUCGCUUCCGGUCACUGGCAGUUGGGACACAAAGUAGUGAAGUCCUCUUGUACAGAAUGGAUGAAGUCUCUGGUACUGUUCAGGUGCAACACACUCUUCGAAUGCAUAACCGCGAAUCAUCUUGCUCGCGUGAACAAUUAGGAGCUGUGUCUGAAGUUGUAUGGUCCCCAGACGGUUAUACUUUGGCAGUUGCUUGGCUACACUGUGGCUGGGCAUUGUGGUCAGUGUUUGGUGCCCUUAUAUACUCGAGUUUCGGUGAGCGCAUUAACCCGUUGUAUCAAGUACAUGUUUCAAAUCUGUCAUGGGGUCACCAUGGUUAUAAUAUUCUGGGCUCAAUCAUUUUUACCAGGAAGCUUAUUUCUGGAAAUGCCGACGUCAUGUUUACAGAAUUUCAUACCAAAGGAAAACCCAAUUUAAACUCAUCAAAAGAGGAGGAGGAUAGUAUUCAGUCGCCAGAUUCUUUUGGUUGUCAGAAUAGUCACUCAAAAAGGAAGUCGUAUCUCGUCGUCUUUCACUUGACUAAGUCUGCAGUAACUGCCAAUCCAACUUCUGAUAAUCGUUUGCAUCUCGUCCUACAGUACAACGACCGAAUUGCUGUCAUAGGCGAAAACCAGAUGGUGUCCGGUGUCCAAAUACAGAACCUGGUUGUGCCGAAAGAAUAUAUGAACUCCAAUUGGCCCAUUCGAUAUGUCGCUGUUUCACGAGAUGGUAAGGAUAUCGCUGUCUCUGGUCGUAAUGGAUUCGUUCAUUAUAAAGGCGUUUCGCAGCGCUGGUAUGUUUUCGGUAAUGUCAAGCAGGAAAACUCAUUCCAUGUUUUUGGGGGUAUUGCAUGGUGGAAACAAUAUAUAUGUUGCAGCUGUUUGAUGGAAAAUUAUGAUUCAAGUGAGGUUCGCGUGUACUCCUCACUUCGAAAACUAGAUGAGCAGUUUUGUUCUGUUUACAAAUUUUCAUACCUGGUUUUACCUGUUGUUGUGGACAGCUUUCAAAAUUGGUUCCUUAUACUCACUAAUGAUGGUUGUUUAUGGCUAUUUGAAUUAAUGGAGUCCGAUACUGUGCUUAUAUCACCUUUGAAGGUAGUAAAUUUAACAGACUUUGUCAUCUUCCCGGCUUGUGUUGUUCAAAUUUGUCUAACAGCUUUAAAAAGUAAUGCUUUGAUUGCGGCCUACCAACCAAGUGUAUCCUCUGAUCAGUUUUUCCAUUGUUCUCCUAAUCGCUGCUCAACUGAAUGCCUCCUAAUAAAUUAUUCUGGUAACGUGUUUAUUUUGCAGUGCUUCUCUCCAGAUGUACCUUGUGGAAGUACAGCGAAAUCAACAGGAGUGAAUGAAACGCAACUGCAUUUCGGAAAACCUUUCUUAAUCGCCUCUGAAACUGAAGUUGUGUGGUCUGCAGGUUGUUAUGGGUCUUUUAAAUCUUCACCGCAACAUUCUUCGCUUAAAUCAUCAUAUAUGUAUCAUAUAAAUCCGUACACAAGUGAUUCCCUUUGGUUUUAUUCGGGAGCAAGUGGAUUUAGUGUUUGGCUUGCUCUACCGCCAAUCACUUCCUCUUCAUCUCAUAUAAACUCUGUUGUAUCUGGUGACAGUUACGUAAAUAGUGUCACCUCGGAGAAUGCGUCAACGCCUACCUAUAACUUCCGACGGAUAAUGCUGCCAGUCAAACUAAACAGUGACUUCUAUCCCCUCAGUAUUUUCUUUCCGGAGAAUUUGCUGGUGGGUAUUACUAAGGACUUUCACCGUUGUUGGAAUGUGUCAAAAAUUAACGCUAAAGAAGACAUAUCUUCUGAUAUCUUCACCUUGUUUCCUUAUGGAGUAUUCUUUGUAGAGAUUCAGAUAACACUGCAUCAAAUUAUUCAGCAAUUGUUAAAAAAAAAUUUGGGAGCCCAUGCGUUUCAAAUGAGUCUUGUGUAUCAAAAUUUCGAAUAUUUCCCUCGUACUUUGGAACUGUUAUUGCACGAAGUUUUGGAGGUUGAAGCCGCUUCGAAAAUUCCGACUCCAGAUCCUUUAUUACCGCAAGUUGUAGCGCUUAUCCAACAGUUUCCUAACUUUUUGGAGAUACUGGCUCACUGUUCGCGUAAAACUGAUGUAACCUGGUGGCCUCACUUAUUUACAACCAUUGGAAGAAAGCCGCGAGAUCUGUUCGAACUGUGUUUGGAAAAUCAGCAACUAGAAACAGCAGCUUCGUAUUUAAUUAUUCUGCAAACAUCGGAAGCUGUUUCUGUUAGUUGGAAGUGUGCACUCAAUCUCUUUCGAGCAUCACUGCAAUCAUUGAAGUGGAACUUGAUCAGGGAUAUAUUGCGUUUUCUCUGUUCUAUUGGUUGUAAUGAAUUGAACUCUGCUAAUAAUGACAGAGUUAUAGCUCAUGUGAAUCAAUCCCGCCUGUCAAUCCCAAGUCCGUGUAAUCAUAAUUAUGGUGUUUCAAAAAGUCAAAAUUAUGAUGCUCAGCCGCAAGCUUGUAAAAUGUCUAGGAGUAGAAUUGUUUGGUAUAAUGAAAUAUCGAAGUAUCAACCUACCUUUAGUGCUCUCAAACCGUUGAACUUGGAAAAUAAUCAGUGUAAGGAUCUUAAUAGUUCAUUCGUUGGUCAUUGGUCAUUUUCCGAUAUUCGACCACAACUUAAAGAGAUUGUGUCCAAAAUGACCAUUGAAUAUUUCUCUCAAGGUUAUCUAAAGCGGGCCUCACAGCUGAUUACAAAUAUUCCGGAAAUUUUUAUUGAUGAUUCGUCUUUCAGUCGAACGAAUGUUCUGGCUAAUUGGAUAAUGAAGCAUAUGCGUGAUCUUCAACCAGUUCUUUCGUGGUCUCAAGCAUUUUACAAUUUACUCACUGAUUUUAAUAUUUUCACCAUCAAAAAUGAAAGUCAUUUUAUUUCAAAAGAAGCAUCUGUCUCUCAGCCUUUCAAUACUGUACAAGUUGAAAAAGCUGAAUCAACUUUUCCUUUUGAUACGUGUUCGAUUCCGAAGCAGUCACUCUAUCAGUUGAACUAUCUGUUGAACCAGUUGAACUUAGCGAACUGUCAUAACUGGGAGUGCCUAAUCAACUUGCUUUGUCUAGAUCGAGAUGCUUUUCUACGAUCAGUCAAUAUGGCUGCUAACAGUACAAUACUAUCAUUUAUCUCUGCGUUGAAUGUUAAAGAAAUUCAAGAUCAAAUUUCAGCAUCAAAUAUCAGUUCGAAUGAGUUAGUGUAUAGUGGUGUCGAUCACACUUCAGCACCCAAUGUACAUUAUGAUUUUGGUUGCGCAAAACAGUUGUUAUCUGGUUUGGAAGAAUUGAAACAUUGGUCAUCUGAAAAAUAUCCUCUUUAUUAUGAGUUUUUGAUUUCUUGUGAACCUGAAGUCAAUGAAAUUUCUAAUAAGCUCAAGCUAUUUUCCAACGGGAAAGGUGACUUAAACUUGCAGUCUAUUUUUGCUGGCUAUAAUUUCCACGACUAUGAAGAGGACAUUGUUAAUAUGCUAAAGCGCCAAAAUAUAAAAAUCGACAAAUCCACUUUUUCAUCACUUCUUCACAUAGGAUCACAUUUUUUGAAAUCGCAGCAGAUGGAUGGUGUAAACCAUUCUGCCAGUAGUUUUCGAAAACGACCGGUUUCCUUGGGUGUCUCUUCGUCGUCUGCAUCAGAUGGCGUUUUUGCUUCAUGUGAACGGAAUUCAGUGAACAACUCUGUGUUCCUGAAUUCAGUUUCAAAAUCACAAGAUCCGUUCCAAUCUAUAUCCAGUUGUUCGACACCAUCUGUCUUGAAUGUAGAUAAUGUGAAUACAGACUAUUACGAAUCAACUAAGAAAUUGCAGUUAUCAGUUCGUACUUCUAUUCCCUAUAUAAACGACGAAGAAAUGUAUUCUGAAAACGGAUAUUUAUUUAAUGCAUCAAUUGAAAAUGAAGCCUUAGAUUCUGAAUCGAAUCGGCUGGUUUGUUCUGUGAUGUAACUUUUCAUUUCCACUAUUCUUAUAUUACUUUAAAUGUAACUUCUGA